AUGAGCAGCGCGCGCGCGCAGCGGGUCGCGCGGGCACUGCGGUCGCUUAUGCCUCCAACAGCGGGCAGCCAGGGCGCGGCGGCGUCGGCUGCAGCGGCCGAGGUCGGCGCGCGGCGCGCGUGCCACCUCCACACCUGUAUGGCUCCGACGACGCUAGGUCGCCUGGCGCGCGUGUCGUCCGCGGGCGGCAGGAACGGGCUGUUGGCUCACACCCAGACCACCUCGCCCGCGCAGCGAGCGGAAUAUGGCAACAGGGGCUUUUUCGGAUCCGCCAGGGACUCCAAGAAGUACCACGAACGCAAGCUGCUGCAUUACUCGCCGGACCAGCUCUACAGCGUCGUGUCGGACGUCCCGAAGUACAGCAGCUUUGUUCCGUGGUGCGUGGGGUCCAAGGUCGUGGGGAACGAGGGGGAAAACGUCAUGCUCGCCGAGCUCGAAGUCGGCUUCCAAAUGCUCAGCGAACGCUACACCUCGCGGGUCGAGCUCGAGGAGGGGCGCGCGGUCAAGUCCCGCGUGGUCGACUCGGCGCUGUUCCACCACCUCGACUCGACGUGGCGGAUGCUGCCGGGCCCGCGGCCGGGGACGGCGUGGCUGUCGUUCGAAGUGGACUUCUCGUUCGCGUCGCCGCUGCACGCGCAGCUCGCGCACGUGUUCUUCGACGAGGUGGUGCGGCGCAUGAUGGCUGCGUUCGAGGGGCGCUGCGCGGAGCUGUACGGCGGACCCGUGCACGCGAACGCGCGCCGGCGGGCCAAGCAGCACGGGUGA